AAUUUUGGCCGCCUUUUUUUUAAUUUUUCCUUUCUAUUCUUUGUCUGCAUUUUAUUAUUUUAUAUUUGACCACUUUUUUCUUUCCUCUCUUUCGUCUCUUUCCUUUCUCUCCUUUCUCUCUUUCUCUAUUUUCGACUCCCCCCUUUCUGUUCUUUCUAUUGCUCUUUGUAUUUCGACCAUGCUUUCCCUUUUCUUUGAGAAUAAAGGCAUGCGUCUGGCCAUUGCUAGUGCUCUUGUAUUCUGCAUUGCUGCCACAACUGUGCUGGCUCACAGUUGGGUGGAUUGCGUAAAAUACGACCCAAUUAACCAGGUGUGCUUGGGCUAUGCUCGCGGAUACCCCGGGCGCGAUAACGCCCUGACCAACAACAUCUACACAUAUCUUUUCGACGGAUCACCAAAGUCCCAGGCCAUGUGCAGCACGGCUCAGCAGCAGGUAAUGAACUACACGGACCGGUUCCCCAUGGCCACAGCCCAGCCCGGCGAGACUAUUUUCACCACCUGGGAGGUCAACGGACACUUGGACAAUGCCAAUCCAACGGAGGUCAAGAUCCUGUACUACCCUGCGUCCAAUAAGGAGUUCCAGGAUGUCUCAGAGAAGGACACAGCAAUGGUCGCGGGAACUAUGUCAUUUGGUACUUCGAAUAACUGCUAUACCCCGGAGAGCCCGAACACGGCAUGCUUUGGGAGCUGGAAAAUGCCUGAGGACUUGGUGCCUGGACAAGUGUACCAUUUCGUGUGGUUCUGGUACUUUAACGCCAAUCCGGCUGGUCAAUGGUACUCGACUUGCUUUGAUGUCAAUGUGCAGAGCGCCUCGCAUGUAGUUCCUGGCGGGGACAAUGCAUCGUUGUUGAGCGUGGGCGAACCAAAUUUGAGCUACAUCUUGGGAUUCACGGAUGAGAUUCGCAAACAGGUUGCCGAUGUCACGACGAUUGGAGGCAACAAUCAGGUUGUUGUUGCGCCGAUUGCACCAAUUGGUCAUAAUGCUGGUGCUGCUACCACCAGUAGUGUAGAGUCGUAUUCGUCGUCGUCGGCAUCCAGUUCUUUGGCGUUUGUUCCCAUGCCUACUUUCUACAGCAGCGCUCCCGAGGUCAUGACGCCACCUGUUGAGUCUACCUCGACUGUUUCGACCACCUCGUUUGCUGAGACCACCACGACUAUUGUGGACACCUCGUAUAUCCAGCUGCCUGUUAAUGAGUCAACAUAUCUUGCUCCCGCUGUGCCAAUUGGUUCUUUCACGGUCACUCCCACUUCCGCUGCCACUACCUCUGAGUAUGUUUUCCAGACUCCUGCUCCCAAGUGCCGUAUUAGACCCAUGUACUGAGAUUUUUUUCUUCUUUGUUUUUUGGUUCGCAUUAUUAAUAUUUUUUUUAAUAUUUUUUGUUUUUGUUUUAUCUUGUUUCAUUGUUUGAUAAAAAAAUAUAAAAACAAAAUAGAAGUCU